UUUUGUUUAAAAGGAAAUUUAUUCGUGCAAUCGCCCUAAGAGUUCUUUGUAGUGGUUUCAACAAAUCAGUAGGGCUUCCUCUCAUUUCCUGUUGUUCCGCCUUCAAGUGGUAAGUGGGCUAAGUAUCGCCAGUUACUACAGAGCCGCUGGUGAGGAUAAACUGAGCGCUCUGGGCAGCAGCAACUCAAGCAAAAUGGACCAAUAUUUUUCAGACAAUUACACUGAUGAAUUCUCAGGUGCAUACGAGUGUCAGUGGUGUUUUAAUGAAAGUGAGGCAGACCAUGUGUCUACAGAGAUGAAAGAGUCCAUGAAGACCAUUUCCCUGGUCAUCUACGUCCUGACGUUUCUCCUCGGGGUUCCCGGAAACAUGUUCGUUCUGUACAUCGCUGGAAUGAAGAUGAAGAGGACCGUUAAUACAACAUGGUUUCUCAAUCUAGCGACUGCCGAUCUCUUGUGCUGCCUUUCCAUACCGUUCAGCAUGGCUGAGAUCCUCCUUGAGCAUCACUGGCCGUACGGAUCUGUCAUGUGCAAGAUACUCCCCUCUGUUAUAAUCAUCAACAUGUUUGCCAGUGUUUUCACACUGAACUUGAUCAGUCUGGAUCGGUUCGCUCAGGUGAUCACACCGGUUUGGGCUCAAAAUCACCGUAAUUUGCUGCUUGCGCGACUGUCUUGUGCAGCGGCCUGGUUCUUGGCUUUGGCACUCAGUUUGCCUUUUAUGUUAUUAAGGCACACUGUUACUUAUAAUGAGUUUAACAUCACGCUUUGCACUUUUCAUGAUGAUGAAGUAGAUGAUUCUAAUGAUGCAACAUCUGGAAGGUUGAGCGUCGUCAGGUUCGUGUUCGGUUUUUUGGUUCCUCUCGUGUGCAUCACAACAUGCUACGGAUUCAUCGCACGCAAGUUAGGCAGGAGCCAGUUUCGCUCUGGACGAGCGUUCCGCAUCAUGAUGGCUGUAAUCGUGGCUUUUUUUCUCUGCUGGCUGCCGUAUCACACUGUAGAUUUGAUGAUAAUGUACGGAGAGGAAUCCAGUUCCUCUGUGGCUGUGACGAUGGAUCCUUUGGCCAUUUCUUUGGCGUAUGUCAAUAGCUGUCUGAAUCCCAUUUUAUGUCUUCAUGGGGCAGGAUUUCAAAAGUAAGGUUAAACUUUCUCUAAGACGUGUUUUUGAAAGAGCUUUCUCCGAGGAGGGAACACAAGCAUCACGUUCCACACAGUCACAGCAAAUACACUCACUUUAAUGAAACAUUUAUAUUGAGUUCUGUGACAAACUAUGCACUUUUAAACUUGUUCCCCUUGCUUUAAUCGUUUUUGCAUUACUUUCAGAGUAAUUUUCUAGAACAUUAUUAAAAACUGAAACUUAAGAUAUGCAAAACAGUUUACUUUAGCACUUUUCAACAGGAAGUGUCCAUUCUAGUUUCUUUGUCAGGAAGUUUUGAAAUUCAUUAAGAGCUACAAUGAUCUGUUCUAAAACUUCUGCAUUUAAACAUAUUGUUUAAUAUUACAAUACGUUUGCUCAGGUUUAGUCGUGUUUUUUUCAUAAUGAAAAGUUUCCAUUUUUAAAGUGCAUAUACUGGAGUCUAGACAAUUACUCUGAGAGUAAUGCAAAAACAGUAAUUUUAUGACCUCGUUCAUGACGAAGAAAUUUCUUGUAUACCGAAAACUCAAAAGAAGAUUGCAGUUAGUAAUACUAAUGUUAUUUUUAGGUAGAUGCUGACAAUUUUGGGGAAGUUAACAGUGUUAACGGGAUGUGGUCUACAGGCUGAACGUGCUGAAAAUACUGAAAAUAUACAUAAAUAUUGUUUUUAAUGCAAUUGACUACAUACUGCUAAGAACAGUCAAUGUUAUAUUGUUCCUUGAAUGUGUUUAAUGUCACUCCAGGUUUUAAUAUUUCACAGUUUAUGACUAUGUCUUGAGUCAUUAUAUAAUUUUGCUAUAAUGUUUUCACUUUACUGUUGUUUCAUAAUCAUUAACCAUUCAAAAUGACUUCUCAUUUGCACAAAAGGAUCAUUCAGUACUACAUUUGGGCUUUAUGGAAUACUUGAUUUUGAUUCAUCUUUGCUGUCAUUCUUUGGCCAAAUAUUUAACGAGGCCAAACUGUAGGCUAUAAGGGAUCCUUUUCUCAGUCAAAUGUUUAAUUUUUACAGCCUUUCAAAUGUCCCUCAUCUAUCACUCCUCACUCUCUCUUCUCACACAAUAAAACUAGGCAAUUUAAACCCAAAUUUUAUGUUAUGUUUCAUUUUGUUAGUUUUGUUAAAAAGUAGAAUUUUACUGGAAAUUACAGAUGGAUUUUACUUUCUCUUACAAGCUAGGCCUAUUUUAACGGUCUCAAGUGAAGUUUGAUUUGAACUUAGAUGAUCAUUAUGAAAAUUAACCAUGGUUUUUGUAGAAUGCCAAACGUAUAACGAUGGGUUUCCCGUGAAUACCAUGCUUAAACUGGUUGUUGUAGCAAAAUCAUUAUUUUUUCGGUUUAACUACAAUAAACGUGGUUUUGGGGUUUCAUUUGUAGUAAAAUUAAAAGAGUAAAAUUAAGAGUAAAUGCACAAAAAAGUGCAAACAAUCUUACGUCGACUACUUUUUAUCAGUACCACCACCGCCACCGCCGAAGACAAGCAAAAAUAACUCGAUGACAAUAUGAUCAAUAUGAUGACAUUUUGGAAUUCUUUUGAAUUUCACCAUUCACCCGGCGGUAAGUCGUUUGCGUCACUGCGUUCAACACGAGACUUUAAAAGAACAGAACCAAAAAUUAGCAGUUUAGUUUUUAGAGCGCGUUUUUGUUGACUCUUUUUUUUUUUUCAGAAGAAACCCCUUGUCUCAGUAUUUUCCGCUUUGAACGUGUUCCUCUUUUAACUGCAUGUAACUACGCUCUCAGCAGUAAUCUUGGGUUGGUUUAGUUGAAUCGUGUGUUAAUCAACCAGCAGCUGGCCACCGUUUCUUUUAAAUAAAUUUUAAUCAUGA